UUUUUUUUCGUUCUUUCUUGUUAUUAUAUUUUAUCCAAACCCUGACUUACGGACUAAUGAUGUUUUCGUUAUUCUGAAUAGACCACUUCACCGGGUCAUUUUAGUGGUUUGAACUGAAAUGCCAACAAAUAUUGCACAAGACAAGGCGUUUGCAAAAGCUAAAAGUAAAGGUCGAGAGUGCGGCCGACUGUGAAUGGUGUGAGAGGUGGCGAGAGGAGGAGUAGCAGCACGGAGUUAAGGAGUGCGUGGAGAUCUCACGAGCGCCACACACUCACGGAAACACAACCGCAACUACUUCCGCCCACACUAAAGAUGGCGGCCUUCUUCAUGGAGAAUUUAGCCGAAUCUUUAGGUUCCUCCGAACCGGCGGUUCGAUUGAUUUUGUCGAUCUUAUUAGGUUAUCCCUUUGCUCUGGUGUACCGGAGGUUUUUAUUUCAUCAGUCUGCAACAGUUGUUCAUCUCUUCCACACAUUCUCUGGGUUGGCACUGGCCAUGUUUAAUUUUGGGUCUCAGGUCUGUCACUCCCUCUUAUGCGUAGUCAUUCAGUUCUUGUUGCUGAGGCUGAUGGGAAGGACAGUCACAUGCGUUUUGAGUAGCUUUAUCUUUCAGAUGAUAUAUCUGUUGAUGGGUUAUUACUACACAGCUACAGAGGAGUAUGAUAUCAAAUGGACCAUGCCUCAUUGUGUCCUAACGCUCAAACUCAUCGGUUUAGCACUCGAUUACUACGACGGUGGAAAAGAAGAAUCCCAGAUGAGUGCAGAACAGAAGAAGUCUGCCCUCAGCUCUACGCCAUCUAUUUUGGAGGUCUUUGGUUUCUCAUAUUUCUAUGGAGGCUUCCUGGUAGGGCCUCAGUUCACACUGCUAAGUUACCAGAAGCUGGUGUCUCGAGAGAUGUCCGAUGUCCCUGGACAACCACCCAGUAGUGUGGUUCCUGCACUGAAGCGAUUUGGUUUAGGUCUGAUCACCCUAUCAAUCUUUACGAUAGGUGGGGUGCACUACACGGAUAACUACUUCUUAACAGAUGAGUUUGAGGCACAUCCAUUCUGGUAUAAGUGUGUGUACAUCUUAGUGUGGGUGAAAAUAAACCUGUAUAAGUACAUCAGCUGCUGGCUAAUCACGGAAGGUGUGUGUGUACUCUCUGGGCUGGGCUACAAUGGGAAGAACGAAAAAGGAGAGCACCAAUGGGAUGCCUGCGCAAAUGUGAGGGUGUGGCUAUUUGAGACCACACCCCUCUUCACAGGCACCAUCAAUUCCUUCAACAUCAACACAAAUGCUUGGGUGGCCAGGCAUGUGUUUAAGAGGUUGAAGUUUUUGGGUAACAAGUUGUUAUCUCAAAUGUUCACAUUGUUUUUCCUGGCGAUCUGGCACGGCUUGCACUCAGGGUACCUCAUCUGCUUCUCCAUGGAGUUCAUCAUUGUCAAUGUGGAGAAGCAGGCUCAGUCACUGGUCCGGGACAGUCCUUUGCUGGCAUCUAUCGCUCAGAGUCAACUGUAUCCAAUUGUUUAUGUAGUACAGCAGUUAAUUCACUGGCUGUUUAUGGGAUACCCUCUGGUCCCAUUCUGCCUCUUCACUUACGACAAGUGGCUCAAGGUUUACUCCUCUAUAUAUUUCUGUGGACACAUAUUUUUCUUCAUUGCCUUUCUUGUUCUGCCAUACCUCCGCAAGGUGUUUGUGCCUCGAAAAAGAGGCAAUGAGAAGAAGGAGGAUUAAUUAAAAUGGUUUGUUUGCAGCUGUCUAAGUUUGACUGAAGUGAACUGUGACUUUUAAAGAGCACCUGAAGAGGACAAAUUUUAAGGCCUUUAGUAAUAUAUUACUAUUUACAUACAGCACUGAUGGAUGUGUACAAAUGUUAAUCCGAUGGAAGGAUUUUCUCAUUCUUUGGGAGUUGUGGUGGACUAUAAUGAAGGUUGAAAGCUACAGAAACACAAGCUUUUCUAUGGUUCAUUGUUUGUUAAAUAAGAUUUACUGAUGUUUGGUGGCUCGAAAUAGUUAUACUGUAUCUCAUACCAUUGCACUCAUUACUCAGUAAUGAUCUCAUUUCCUGUUUCCGGUCUCGUCAGAGAACUGGCAUUUGGCUGAUGGAAACAAAUGAGAUGUAUUGUUUUCCUUUGCUAGGAAUAUCUCAACCUCACUUACCCUUAAAAAGACAAUGAAAUGUGAAACAAACAAAAGAGUGAAUGGUGAUACAGCAUCGCCUGGCAUUGUAAAAUGAAUGUUUUUCAUUUUUAUAAAUGUUUUUUUUUUUUUUUUUUUUUUU